CAUGUCAAACUAUCUUUCCAAUGAACUGUUUCAUCAAAAUUUAUUUCCUCAUAAAUUACUUUUCAGAUCACUAUGCCUUUUGUAUUACUUAAAAAUAGAUAUUUCCUUCUCUUUUCUCAGUUUUAAAAUGGAACAGCCACCUAACUUGUUGUAUCUGUAACAUAAAUCCUUUUGGAAGAAGUUAUUAAACCUGAUAGACCCCCAUAAAACCAUUACAAGUAAUGAAUGGCUGUCGAAGAGAUGUUGCCAAAGCAAAAUUCAUAUAUGAGUAUAAAACUCAAAAGAAGAUUUACUUAUGGGACAAUUUUGGUAUUUAACAUGUUUACCGGCCUUGGUUAUGCUAUCAUAUUCCCCACCAUCUGGAAUUACAUCCACGAGAGGUUGGAGGGUGAAAGUUACAUGCUCGGUGUGGUGAUCUCUGCUUAUAGUAUUUCCUCCUUGUUCGCAAAUCCUCUGGUCGGGUGGUGGAGUGACAGGAGCCUGAACACCAGACUCGUUCUCCUGGUGACCAUUCUGGCCGAAGCCGUCGGCAGCUUUCUCUACUUUGUUGGCAUCCAUACCUGGGUGUUGGUGCUGGGUCGGCUGAUUGCUGGUAUUGGUUCUGGGGGAGGAGCUGCGGUCCUUGCAGACAUAACUCGAACAACAGAGGAGGGAGAGAGGACUUCUGUCCUUUCCACGGUCAUCGCUUGUCGACAGCUGGGAUUGAUCAUCGGGCCAGCUUUCAACAUUGGUCUGACGCAUAUCAAUUUCAAAUUCUUUUCUUUGCCGGUCGAUAAAUACUCAUCUCCUGGGCUAUUCAUGGCUCUCCUAUGGUUAGCACUGGAAGUCAUCGUUUUCUUCGGCUAUCACAACCUCACAGAGUUGAAGAAUGACGAGGACGUCGAAAAGUUGUUCGAUAAUUACAACUCUAUAAUCACCGGCAGCAUUCCGUACAGUGACCUGGAAAACUCCUCCACAAUCGAGGUGGCCUUCACCUCAUCCUAUCCCCCCUACAUGGGAGGGAUAACCCCCAUUUCCGAGUCCCUUCCGUCUGCUAUGAGUUACAGCUCCUCCCAGCCAAAUCUCCAAGUGGAAUGGCUACAGGACAAUGUGGACAACUUGAGCCUGGUGAGGAAAGAAGAAAUAGAGUCCAUAAACUGCCAAAAAAUACUUGUGGAUGCAAACAUCCCAGCGCAGCAAAUUAAGCUUAAGAGACAAAAGCUCGGGCCACAGCGCUCCAGGAGCACUUCCGAUAGGAUGAUAGAAUCGGCGGAAAGAGUCAUACAAAGUAUGUCGGGGUCUUGCGGGAAUUACGGAACUGACUCCAGGAGUCGGGCCGAAACGGCCAAUUCCAGAGUCUCAAGCACACGCCCGAGUACUUCUCGUAACUCUUCUGCUCCCCCAUCUCUGCCAGAUGAGAAAACAAGCCUGUUGAGGCACAUCAGGGAAGAUUACUUUCGAGAUGAAAUUGUAGUGCUCCUUGGCCUAAAUUUUAUUUCGUGUUUCUCUCAGACAGUUUUAGAGACUGUUGUUACACCUCUUGCUCAAAAAUUUUACAGCUUUUCCGAAAUGGAUAACAGCUAUAUCUACUUACUUGCUGGAAUUGAAAUAAUUCUGGUGUUUGGUGCCAUCAAAUGUAUUAGUCACAAAGUUUCAGACAGGACGCUUUUGAUAUUUGGUUUGAUUACCUUAACCUUAGCAAUGGCUUUGCCGAUAUGGUUUGUUCCCAUUGCUGUGCCAGGAGAGAUGAGGACUCUGCCAUAUUUUAUCAUUACCAUCAUAAUUGACCUUAUUGGGAUUGCCAUCAUUAUUGUUUGUUCGUCAUCUUUGCUUUCAAAACUAACAAAUGAUGAUAGUCAAG